UCUUUUCGGAUAUGACAUUCUAAUAUAGACAAUAACCAAAAAUUUUGUUGAAUUUCCAACAUUUUAAUUGAUUCACUCUAUUUUUCAUUUAGAUUAAAAUUAAAAAAUAAAUCUCAGCUAUCAACAUUUAAUAAAUUUACUUAAUAUCAACUUUGGUCAAUACAAUAUUCAAUCUAGAAUUUCAAUAGUUUAAUAUGUGACAUAUUCUUUUUACAUUUAGAGCUUACAAUCAAAAUUAAUUUUCUUCUUUGAUCAAAACAUGUACAUUUCUUUCAGCGCAGUUUUCCUAAUUUAAUAUCAGUCUUUAUCCAUUUAACAAUUCACACAAUUUAAUUUCAAAACAGUAAUUAUAUUUCAUUUAUUUGUCCACUGAACAUAGGCAACUUACCUUAUCACCUUUUUAAUAAUUUUUCUAAAUUUAGAUUUUCAAUAGUUCUAUAUGGGACAAACUCUUUACAUUCAGUCAUAACAAAAUAUUUUUAGAGAAGAUUUCUUGAUUAAGAUAUGUACAUACAUUUUUUCAAUUCCACUUCCCUUUUUUAAUAUCAUUUCCUUUAAUACCUCCAAUAAUUCACAUUACAGAUCUAUAGAUUGGUAUUUUCUCAUUAUAUUCGUUGGUUCCCUGAAACAUAUGCAACCGACCAUUCACUAUUGGCAUUACUUCCAAUUCUACAGCUGCUACUCCAUUAAAAUAUCAUAUUUUGAUAAAAAAAUUUUAAAAAUUUUCUAUAUAAUUUUCAAUAAUAUUCAUUCAUUAUAACUUUGCUCAAAUUAAUAUAAUUAUUAUCAGUCCUAUACAGUAGACAAACAGUCUAUGACGUCACAGCAUAUGAGUAGAAUUUUGCUUUUGUUUACGGUGCACUAAUGAAUAUAUCAUUAUAGCUUAUUAACCUUUAUUUACAAUUUAGAAUUCAUAUCAAACAAAUUUAAUAGUUGCAUAUUCACAAUUGAAUAAUUAAGUUAAAUAUUAAUGCACAUUGUCAAAAAUUUUUCGGUUGACAUUUGAGAAAUCCACCUAUCUUCUUUGACAUCUUGUCAUGAAUUUUCAGGCACCAAUCUGUCUAAUCAGUUGGUUGUUAACCUCUCACCUGAUCACAACCUUGUGCUAAUUCCGAGCAAGGAUGACAUACAUCCACAUGUGAUACAUUUUUAAUCUUAAGACAUCGACUUAUUGUCGAUUACUAUACAGCUCAUAAUGUAGCAAUAAUGUUAUUUUGAGGUUUUACACCUAUUCAAGUGGCUAGUUUCAAUUACUUGUACACUGGACGUUUACACUGAGGAUGGUCAGUUUGACCGAAAACGUUUUGUACAACCACUCCCUUGUGGAUGAAUUUUAAAAUUUUUUAAUAAAUUUAUAAUAUACCUAUAUACAACAGAAGUGUUUACUUCAUUCUACGUUGUCUUAACAAAGGUAUACAGCCAACUACAGGGUUUACCCUUUUAAUGUUUUAUUUAAUGACGAUAUGGUCAACUUGGCUCUUAAGUACUUGCGGCUAGCUACAAAGAGGAACAACACUAAAUUGGAUAUAUGGUUCAUAUCUCAAUGCCUUAAUCACAAAGUCAUUCCAAAUUUUUGCAGAGUAAAAACAUCAAAAAAUGUACCUCCAAACAUCAGGAGCUCACUACAAGUUAAAUUAAUGAAGAAGGAGAUAUGUAACCACUAUGGAAAAUUAAACUACCUCAACUGUCAACUUAAGGUAAUGUAUGAUUCUUUGCUCGAAAUAAUAUGUUUUAUCAAUAUUAAUAACUUUAUGUCAGAUGUUCAGGAUAAGGUGGAGAUUUCUAAUUCAAUUAAAUUUAAUAGAGUUAAUAACAAAUUAAUUAAACUUAUUCAAGCCAAAACUUUGCUCGAUCAAGCUUCAGAUGUCAGAGAUGUCAGAAAGUUUUCAGAUUUCAAAUUCCAUCCCCGUAUAAAGAACCUCACCAACAUUAAUUUUUCCAAAGACGAAAUACAAUUGCUCAACUACGGUCUUAAACACUCAGUCCCCAAAGAUUUUUCAAUCAAAGAUAUAGAGAACCUUUCUAUCGAGACAGACAUAGUUAUCGAAAAUCUCUCCGUAACCCUUUCAGACAGAACAUCUAUCAGAAACUCUUGUUACCGCUUUCUCAACAAAUUCAAAACUAAAAUUGAUUCUUCCAAUAACUCUUCUUUCUCACAUAGUCUUUCUUCCAAAAAAGCCAACUCUUUUCUUAAGUCAUUAAAAUCAAUUAAACAAAAAAUUACAAACCAUCAAUUAAUUUUCAGUAAAGCAGACAAAGGUAACUGUCUUGUCAUCCUUGAACGUGACUUAUAUAACAACAAAGUCACAUCUUUCUUAGAGAGCAACCAUUUUACUUCUAUAACAGUAGAUCCUACAAAAAGAUUUAUCACUAAACUUAAAGACAACAUCAAACAAUUUUCUGAUUUUUUCACUGAAUUUGAUGCUCCAUACAGCAAAAUUCCUAGCAACCCUUUAGUUCCAAGGUUGUAUGGUUUGCCAAAAAUACACAAAGUUGACAUGCCUAUACGCCCCGUUGUUAGCUUCAUUAAUACUCCAGUUUCUAUCUUAUCUAAAUUUCUAUUAAAAACAAUAAAAAACUUAAUUAACUUCACUCCUCAAUUUUCAGUUUCUAACACUUACCAAUUGGUUGAAAAACUUCAACUCAUCAAUCUGAAUCCAAACAUUACUAUGCUUUCUUUUGAUGUUAGCAACCUAUUUACUUCAGUACCCAAAAAUGAAACAAUUAGUCUGGUAAAAACUCUCCUAAUCAAUAAGGUUAUUCAACCCCAUAUCAUUUCUUCGAUAAUAGAUAUUCUACAAAUUUGUCUAUCACAAGAUUUCUUUAUUUUUAACAAUAAUUUCUAUAAACAACCAGAUGGUUUAGCAAUGGGUAGUUGCUUAUCCCCCUUUCUAGCUGAUGUUUUUAUGGAUCAUUUAGAAUCCAAUUAUAUCAUGAAAAAUCCUGAAGUUCUACAUUGGUUCCGUUACGUAGAUGAUUGUCUCGUUUUUGUGGAUGGUCAGCAAGACUCAGCUAAUCACCUUUUAUUCAAAAUCAAUCAAAUCCAUCCCAAUAUCAAAUUUACUAUGGAACUAGAAUCAUCUAAUGCCAUUAAUUUUUUAGACCUUUCCAUUACCAGACUCAACAACCAGUUCAACUUUGGUAUUUACCGCAAGCCUACUCAAACUGAUCAUGUUAUCCAUUCUUCAUCCAACCACCCACUGUCUCAUAAAUAUUCUGCUUUUAGGAGUUUCAUCCAUAGACUACAUACACUACCUCUAUCUACAGCUGAAUUUAACAAGGAACUUAAUAUAAUCAAACAAAUAGCAGUCAACAAUGAUUACAACCCUAAUAUAAUCGACAAGCUCAUCCGGAAAAGAGAAUCCAAUCGUCUUCAGCAACUAGCUUACAAUUCAAACCCAGUCAUCACACCAAUCUAUAGGUCCCUACCUUUUCAUAAUACUGUCAUAUCUGAGAAGAUCAAACACAUUCUCUGUUCUUCGGACAAUGUCCACAUAUCAUUUAAAGUCAAUAACACUCUCAACAAAACAUUAUCUAACACUAAAGAUCCAAUCAACUUUAUGAAUCGUAGUGGUGUUUACAGAUUAUCUUGUUCCGAUUGUGAUGCCUCUUAUGUAGGAAGAACCUAUAGAUCACUGUCUACUAGAGCAGCAGAGCACACUAAACGUGACAAUACAUCAGCUUUCUCUCACCAUCUCAAAGUCAACAAACACCACCUUAACAUCCCAGAUGGUGUGACUUUGAUUCAUAACAUCCAAGAUAAGAAUACCCUUCGUUUAGACCUAUAUGAGGAUUUAGAGAUUGUCAGGGACGCAAGGACAAGUCCAAACUGUGUUAACCGUCAACUUUCUCUUAACCGUGAUUUCACCCCCAUUCAUAGACAAUUAUUUCCAUAAUUCUAUAUUUUUAUU